AUGGUCAACGCGACCUACGUAGAGACAUCUCAGGAUGUCCUUUACUACGCUGAUGAUGGUACACCAUACAUCUACAACCUUGGUGAUAUGGCAUGGGUUCUCGCGUCUACGGCAUUGGUAUGGUUGAUGAUACCAGGUGUAGGAUUAUUCUACUCUGGUCUAUUAAGGAGAAAGAAUGCUUUGUCCAUGAUAUUCUUGUCGGUGGCUGGUGUAGCUGUCGGUUCUUUCCAAUGGUUCUUCUGGGGUUAUUCCUUAGCAUUCUCUGAUACCGGCUCCAAAUUCAUCGGUGAUUUGCGAUACUUCUGUCUUAAAGGUGUACUCGCAGACCCGUCUGCUGGGUCAAGCAGAAUCCCAGCUUUGCUGUUCUGUGUAUACCAAUGCAUGUUCUGUCUCAUUACUGGUGUUCUCGCUAUUGGUGGUUUCGCCGAACGAUCCAAGAUCGGUCCCGUUAUGGUCUUCCUUUUCUGCUGGUUGACUCUCGUCUACUGUCCUAUCGCCAACUGGACUUGGAACCCUAACGGUUGGUCCUUCAUCAUGGGUGGAUUGGAUUUCGCCGGUGGUACCCCCGUACACAUAUCAUCCGGUACAGCUUCUUUGGCUAUCGCCAUCUACCUCGGUAAACGAAGAGGAUACGGUACCGAACGAUUAGCUUACAAACCCCAUAACACCGCUUUCGUCAUUCUCGGUACGGUAUUCCUCUGGUUCGGUUGGUUCGGCUUCAACGGUGGUUCAGCUCUCUCUGCUAACCUCAGAGCCGUCCAAGCUUGUAUCGUCACCAACCUCGCUGCUUCAGUCGGUGGUAUCACCUGGAUGUUACUCGAUUGGAGACUCGAAAGGAAAUUCUCAGCUGUUGGUUUCUGCUCAGGUGCUAUCUCAGGGUUGGUCGGUAUCACCCCUGCUGCCGGUUUCGUCGGUUCCCCCGCCGCUGUCGCUAUCGGUUUCGUGGCUGGAGUAGCUUGUAACUUCGCUACCAAACUCAAGUUCCUCGUUGGCGUAGAUGAGACCCUCGAUGUCUUCGCUUCUCACGGUAUCGGAGGUAUGGUCGGAUGUGUUAUGACUGGUCUCUUCGCCCAAGCUUCUGUCGCGGGAUUCGAUGGAAUUACAGAGAUUCCUGGAGGCUGGUUUGACCAUAACUACAUUCAGCUCGGUUACCAGAUUGCUGACAUGAUUUCUGGUUUCGCCUACUCCCUUGUCAUGACCACUAUCAUCUGUUGGAUCCUCCAUUUCAUCCCUGGACUCCGACUCCGAGCCAGCGAAGAAGCUGAGAUCGUCGGUAUCGAUGAUGCCUACCUUGGUGAAUUCGCUUACGACUACGUUGGUACCGACCCCGAGCUCCGAUUGCACCGAAUUGACUCUCGACCCCGACUCACCUCUGGCGAUGUCAUCGCUGAAGCUCCUCACUCACCUGAUGGCAAUUCAUCCCAUGAGAAAGUGCCUCACGGUGCUGUAGGAAACGCUGCUGCUGGAGGUGGACGAGUUGACGUAUAA